AUGCAGCAGAAAAAGGCAGGAUCCCAAGACCCUUUCGCUCCUGUCACGGCACCUCCAUCCACCACGCCAAGCAUUCCCCGGGCAGAGACGAAAUCAACGAGCUCGAUUAGGCGUCGGGCGAAGCAGCAGGUCCUCCCUGAGGAUGUUGCUGCUUUCGGCGAGGUCUUUGAAAGCACCAAGCUGUACGUAUACUGCGGACUUUAUCUCGCUUGCCAGGCAGCUAUCUACGUUCUCGUCAAGGGCUCCCUGACAACCAUGAAGACUCCCGGCCUCAUGUCCUUUCUGCAUAUGGCAUCAGUGUGUCUGUCAUUCUGGCUUUCAAAUUCCUACGACAUUUUCGACAUACGCCCCGUGCUCCAGAACCCACAGCAGUCACUGCGCGGCUGCAGCGUGCGUGCAGCCCUGUUUGGUGUUCAGAUGUUGACUCUGUACGGGGCUCUGCUGCACUCCUCCGUGAACAUGGUGCUCAGUUGGGCAGCCACUGCCCCCCUGCUCAUCGACACGGCGGUGGCGCUGGCAGCGGGGAAGCGCUCCGUACUGCUGUCGCCGCAGAUCAUCCCGCUGGUCGCGGCGGCGGCAGCUGCCACAGCUCUGGAGGUCAUUUUGGAUCACACGCUGUCCUGGUUGUCGCUGCUGAUGCUGGUGCUCUGGUCGGCCGCCAAGCUGGCUGAGACGGGCUGGCGGCUUGUGAAGGAGGACCCGUCGCUUGGGGGGAAGCUGCCAGGGGGAGACUUUGGCCACCUAGCCGCCCUCAUCCGGCGGCUUUCGGACGCUGAGGGCUCCCUCAACCCGCCCUCCACGGCCCUGCUGAUCAACUGGCUGCCCGCACUGCCGGUGCUGAUGAUCGGAUUCCUGGGUCAGGAGGGCAACGAAAUUAUCGACCACGAGCUGUCAGUCCCCGCCGUGAAGCUGAUGCUGUUGUCCUGUGUGGCGCAUGUGGGGAUCACUUGGAGCCAGCUGCUGCUGCAUGAGCGCCUCAGCGGAACGGCCAAGGCGGGGCUGCGGUGGGGGGCGCUGAUGGGGGCGGUGGCGUUCAACCUGACGGAGAAAACCGCGGGUGCCAGCAUCGGCACGGCGGUAUGUGCGGUGGCAGCGCUGGGCGCUUCGGCCGCAGCGUCGCUACAGCGCCACAGCGCGGGUAGCUCGCAGCCGGGCCGCCAGCGGCAGCCCUUUGCGGGGUUGGCUGCGGUGGUGGCAGAAGGCGGCGCGAUAGAUGACGACGACGACAAAGACCCGGAGUCCUAG